CCGUUCUCGACGGCUCUAAAGGUCCAUCUCACCUUGUUACGUGGUAGACGUUGGCUUGUCCUGCGCUUAAAUCCGACGUAUAUCACCCUUGCAAACGCAACAUUGUGUCUACCAGCUUGGAAACCCUGCAACGCUGGACGUGCGACACUUUUGUGCGUGGUGGAAGCUCAUUUUCAACAGGAGACCGAGUGCUUCUGUGAGGCUGUGAAUGACCUGCAAAGCUCUGCUAAUACCUAGGCCAAGUCACGCAUAGCUGCACUUGAGGAAGAGUUGCUCUACCUGGUGACUGCCGUCCUGGUCUUGACCAGUUCAUUCUUGCUCCGACUCGGGAAAGCAUUUUGAUAGGUGGCAUAUCCCUCUGGAUUGAUUUUUUCUCGUUCAGCCGUCAUGGAGACUCCCCCAUCUGUCCCUGUGUCGGUUCCCGCCAACGGGUCUUCGGGAGGUGGGCCAACCAUCUAUUCGGCCAUCUACAGUGGUGUGCCGGUUUAUGAAAUGAUGUGUCGGGACACUCCUGUUAUGCGUCGUAUGGCGGAUGCUUAUAUGAACGCAACUCAAAUCUUAAAGGUGGCUGGGUUCACAAAGCCAAAGAGGACAAAGAUCUUGGAGAGAGAGGUCCUCCAAGGCGAACACGAAAAAAUACAAGGUGGAUACGGAAAAUAUCAAGGAACAUGGAUACCCCUAUCAGAGAGCCGCAUGCUCGCAAGCCGAUACAAUGUGGAUACUGAAUUGCGUCCCCUAUUUGAUUUCGAUCCACAAACUGGAUCUGUUGCUCCGAAACCACCGACAUUGAGAACCCCUCACGUAGACCUCGCUGGAGAUGGCCUUGCAUCACCGAGUUCACCCUCACCACCGCCGCAUCAUUCGUUAGAUUACUUCUCCCCAGUCGACGGGCCGUCUCACCUAUUGUCGGAGUUCAACAGCCCCGAUGGUAGCAUUACGCCGCAGGGCACUGUAAGCCCUCCGCCGGGAAUAAACGAGGAAGCACCGCAGCCGACGUGGAGGGAUAACCUGAAUCUAUCUUCCAUGACACGCGAAGCGUCUUCACAACCUCUUGAUCAACCGCACUUAAACUCUCAAGUACAGUCUAUACUAAAUUCUUUCGGCAUGCAGCAUUUACUACAACAUCCGUCUACCGAUGGCGCUAUCAGCAACACAGAAUCAUCUUCCAAUGCAAACACGGUGAAUGAGAUGGAGACGCCCACUACGACAAAUUCACAGGAAACGAACAGGCAGACAAGCUCAAGUCAACAAAGCGGUCCUACACCAUCUAGUCGACCUACGCAAUCACAAGCGACAUCGAUUGAGGCGGAAUACUAUCAAAAGCUUCAACAAGGGCUGCUAUUGGACGAAAGUACAGCACAGAAUUAUGUCGCACAUAUUCAACAAAUUCUCCGCACACAAGACAUGCAACAAUUUCAGCAAGCACAGCAAUAUUCUAGUUACCUGCAAGCUGGGUCUUACCCAGCUGUGCAAAGUGCUUAUCAGCAAUUGGCCAUGUUGAACUUGCUAAGUCUCGCCGCCCAGCAUGCAUACACAUAUCCGAAUGGAUAUCCUUCCUUGGAUAGUUGGUUUAAGCAGACCGACGGCACUGCGUCAAAGUCUCUCAGUGGGCUAGGGCAGCCGAUAACUGGCCAGCGUUCUCAGGUGUCAAGUUCUCCCGAGCAGUCCAAAGUGCCAUCAAACGAUCGACGACAAUCAGGAGUCGAGGAGGAUCAUGAUGCUCCUGAGCUCGAUUCACGGCAUACAUCUGCGCAUCAGCUCCGACAACGAGAAGUUCUGACAAACCUUUACCUAUAUAGUGAUUCCCAACUUCAUAAGAUCAUCGACAGCCUCAGGAAUCCAACUAACCCGCGAAAGCUCGACGUAAACUUGGUACUUGAAGGGAAGCGCGGAAGUACGCUGUUACAUUUCGCGGCGGCUCUUGGCCGGGAGAAGCUUGUCAAGGCUCUAAUAAGCAAUGGAGCCAAUCCGGCCAUUGCAGCCAACGGCGGAGAAACUCCACUUAUGCGUGCCGUAUAUCAUGUCGGCUGCUACGACCUACAAACGUUUUCUCAGAUUGCCGACUGGCUGCGUGAUUCGGUCUACUUGACGGAUACGAGUCGGCGGACGGUUCUCCAUCACAUCGCAAAGGCCAGCAAAAAGCGGGAUCUUUGGGCGGCAGCAGGAUAUUAUGUGCGCUGCAUUGCUCAGGUUAUUCAGGAAGAAUACUCUGAAGCAAAGAACCUCAUUCCUCAGGUUGUCAAUGCUCAGGAUGCAUAUGGCAACACCGCACUUCAUUAUGCAUGCAAGUAUGCCAGCAGAAGUGUCGCGGAGGUGCUUCUUAAGCUUGGUGCGACGCAUGAGAUUGCAAAUCAUGCUGGCGAGACGCCUGUGGAUCUUGCCCGGUAUGAGCCUAAAUUGCUCGCUUUGCUAUUUAGAGAGAUCGAAAGGGAUGACGUGGCGGCUUGGGAUGAUUUUGAUGAAGACGGCGAUAUUCUGAUGCGUGAUUUUGAUGAAGCAACGGACACGGACGACGACGAAUUUGAGAGAUCUCCGAGUCCUAAUCCAGUAGAGCGAAGCAUGCACGAGCAGACGAUGAACACAUUGGACAAGUUCUACGGAGAAAAAGUGGAAAACAUUUUAUCAAAUCUCACUCCCUCCGUUACCAACGCGGUAAAGGCGGGCGUCGACCAAUUGCGCAAUAAUCUGAUGAGCCGGUAUCGUGAGCAGGAAGCUCGGGUGGAGAUAACUCAACUUGAGCUCGAGCAGGCCAAAGAACAGCUGGCCAAUGCUAAAAAAGAGCUUUCAGAGUUGCAGGAAAAGAGGAAGCGGAUGGAUGAGUUGGUUGAACUUGCCAAUGAACUUGAAGACAAGCUCGAGCAGCACGCGACGCGGUUGAUAAGGAAGACCAAGGGAAAACGCGCUGUGGAACCCUCAAUCAGUUCCGAUGAGGAUAAGGAAGACGACGACACGCAUGAUCCUGACAUGGUGGGGGAAGAAGCUACCCAAUCGGGUCCGUCAGCCGAGGCCGAAUCGGCCGCAAGACCGUUGGAAGACGAUCCGUCCAAACCUUCCCGCGACCCAUCAGACAGCGCACGAAUGAACAACGAAGCGAUCCCCUCCCAAUCAACUGACCCAGAAUCAUCAAUAUCCCAAACAUCAACCACCAAACGUAAACGAUCUGCGUCGCUCACGGAUGACGAAGAUACCGUCUCAGACGCCGCCGCACACUCCUCUGACACAUCCCACACCAGCAAACUUCGCAAACUGAUGCCCAGCGAUCGAACACGAACGCGAUCUGGCCGACAAGCGGAGGUACGUCUUAAAGCCGAACUGGCGGACCUUCAGCAAGAAGUCGAACGAAGCGAGCAAAAUCGGCUGAAAAUGUUCCAUGAGAUUGAGAAUAUUCGGGCACAUCGGGAGGAAAAAGAUCGUAAAUUUAAGCGGAUUAUUGCCGCAUGUGUGCGCAUGCCAAUGGAUAAAAUCGAUGAGCUGAUUGAACCGCUCGUUCAUGAAUUGGAGUAAAGGGCGGUGGUGAAGCGACGGUGAAAUUGGAGACCACGAUUUUUGAUGGGAUAAUUUAGUGUCAGAUUACUGCAAUUACCAGUUCCCCCUUUUUUUUUCUUUGUAUAAAUGAUUUCCCAACAAUCUUGAAUUUCGUAUUAAUAAUAUGGUGUAUCUCGUAUACUCUCUG